AUGGAAAAUGAAUUAGAUUCAUUAUAUAAACACAAAGUAUGGGAAAUAGUAGAGAGGCCUGAAAAAACAAAAUUAGUAAAAACAUACUUGUACAGUGACUUAAACAAGCAUGUGUAUAUGACUCCUCCACCUGGUUAUGAAAAACUGAUUAGAGAAGGCAUAACCCCAUUUGCCCGUCCAAAUUAUCCAGGCAUAGGUAUACCAGGAAAUAGCUUUGGUGGGCUUGGAAGCUUAGCUAGCUUGACUGGAGCAGGGAUGUUAUCAAGCAGAGAUUUAGGACCUGGAUAUCUAGGAAUGAGUCAAGAUCCUUGGAGCCGCCUUCACAGAACUCCACCAAAUUUUCCUUCGCCUUCUGCUAUGAACCCUUCAUCUUGGGGUGGUUUAAAAGCUGAAGCAGAAAGGGAUCGUGUACAGAGGAGAGAAGACCAGGAACGAGAGAAAGAGAAAGAAAAACAGAAGAAAGCAGAUGCUGAAAAAAGAGAGAAAGAAAGUGAGAAAUCUAAAGAAAUAAUGAGAGAAAAUAAACGAGAGCAUGAAAGGCAAAAAGAAAGGGACCGAGAAAGCAGAGUUUCUCAUCUUUCAAACAAUCCUGAGUCAAUAAGAAAUGGGGAGAUGAUGGAAAGGAAUAGAGAAAGAGAAUGGGAGCGCACUAGAGAAAGGAGAGAUUCCUCAAGGUCUCCAAUACGUUCAACGCACAAAUCUGAAGGAGGCUUUGAUAGCAAUAGUGUAGGACACAAAUCCGAUAUCAAAGUGAAGGAGGAAAAGAAAGAAGAAGAUCAUUCUAAAGAAUCUGUGGUCACAAGUGGUAAUUCUGAUCGUGAAAGGACAAAAUCUGGUGAGCCAUCCCAUCCAGAUCCUGUUUGUGAUUAUAUGCCUCGAAGCAUGCUUCCUGGACUUCCUAUGAGUCUGAGCUCAUCUGAACAAGCUCGACUGGCUGGUUCUUUAGGUGCCAUUUCUCAAGUUCCACCACCUCACUUCUGGAAUCCUUUGCCACCACCUCCUCCACAAUCUGCAGCUUCAGCUAGUGAGCGUUAUCGCAGUUUAGAAUUGCAACAUGCUCGAGAACUAGACCGUGAGCAGUUGAUGCAGAAGUAUGCCUCUUUAUCAUCUGUGAUGCCAUUACUUCCAGAGCGAUAUCGGGAAGCUGAACUUGCUAGGCAUCUGUCUUCAUCUGAAGCAGCUGCUAGGGAAGUAGAAAGACAGCUUCAAGCUGAUAGGGACAGGCAGGUGUACGAGCGCACAAAGUUGCCCCCACCACCUCUGAGGCCUAAUGAUCCACCUUAUGUUCCACCUCCUGGACUUCCACCAUCUGGAGGACUAUUUUCUUCUUUGUCAAAUCCAUUUCUGAACAGUUUGUGUGGUACAAACUAUCCCCCAAGAACCAAACCUAGUUCACCAGGUGGCAUUGGUAAUGGUAUACCCCCUCCAUUAAUUCCCUGCGUCAGUCAAGGUGGUAGUCCUGUUACCACCAGUACGACGCCUUCACCAUUACAUCUAAAACUGGGUACCUCAUCUAAUUCUAAUAUUGAAAAUAGUCGAGAGCAUUAUGCUUCCAAAGAACGUCGAGAUUUAACAAGUCAUUCUGCUUCAGAGGUAGAAUCCCAGUCAAGAUAACAACCAUUAAUGCAUUUUUGUAGAAUUUAGUCAAUGCAGGCUCUUGCUUAUUUACAGUAUUAAUUAACCUAAGAUAAGAAAUGAAAAGCCUCAGGAUAGUUGCGUUCAUUAUGUAAUACAAUUUCAAAAUGUUUAUUAUGGAUUUUUCAGGUCUCCAAAAAUUGUUACCCACCUGGAAUAUAUUUCAGCAUGUGAUUUAUAUACAAAUCUUUGUGAAUGCUAAUGGAUGAAUAAACUUGCAAAAUGAAAAUUAAACAGAUAAAACUGUUGAAGUUUAGUAUAAUUUAAUAUGUUAAAUAGAAAAAGUAUACCAUACGAAGUGUUGAUAAUGACUAUGGAAAUCUUGUUAAAACCUGAGGUAUUUCAUUUUGUAAAUCUUUUGUUGCACAGCACUUUAAAUAGAAAUCGUAAUCAUACAAUCUGCUGUUGUUAACUACCCAUAAUCAUAAUGUGCUUCAAAAAGUUCAUAUUACAGCUGCUGUGCAGAAAAAUAGGCAAUACUUUGUGCCCCUUUUCUGAUCUAAAUUGUGUAUCCUAUCAUGCUUGUACAGUGGAAGUUUUUGCUUGCACAUAUCAGUUGAUAAUGCAUAUUGUGAUGAAACUUAUAAAAUGCAUUUGUUUAUACACCAGUUGAAGCAAACAUUUUUUGAAAAGCAUCUUACCAAGAAGUUGUGAAUAAGAGAGCACAAUUAUGUUGUAUUGUGAGAUAUUCAGUGUACAAAUUACAUUUUACAGUGCUUGUAUUUUAAACUAAUUCAAUGUGCAGAUUUGAAUUAAAAAUGGCAUUCAGAUUAAAACAAUGCAUCUGCAGCAAGAGGUCACCAACUUGGAUUUUAAAACAGAAUAAAAAAAUGAUAAUAAAUAAAUAAAAGUAAUAACAUCUAACAGAAUGUUAUGCGAUUUCAUUUUGGAUGGUCAAGAAAGCUAUGUAAAAUAAAAUUUAAAUUCUCAUUGUCAUUUAUUUUUAUUAUUAAUACCGUAAAGUGUAUGAAUAUAUGAGGGAAAAAAUUAAGUUUCUAUUAUAAUAGUAACUUUUUAUUAUACAUUGAUUAUAUGUAUUUUGUUAAAAAAAAUGGUAUGUAUCAAAGGAAGUUUAAAGAACUGUAAGACUAUCAGUUUUUUAUGUUUAGCAGAUAAGAGACAAUUUUAUAUCUGCUUACAGUAUUUUUUAGAAAACUAUGUGAAACUAAUAGACUGUUUUGAUGCUACAUAGUUUUAUGCAGCUGUGAAAGAUAUAAAUCAUAUUUUUAAUUUAAACUAUUGAGAAAAUAUUCAUAAAAAUAUGACAAAAAUAUUCAUUUUGUUGCUUCCUAAGGCUACUAUUUGUUAUAUAUAUGAUUGAUUGAUUUGUAAUUAGAAAAUAUUCUCAUCUCUAAACAGUUCGUAUAGUUUUAUUUUCCUGUGAUAUUUCAACAGAAAACAAUGAAUAUUAAAAUGUACAUCAUAAUUCUGUAACUUUUUUAGAUUGUUUCUUGUAUGAUUGAUUAGAUUAACCAGAAUACCAAUUCCAUUGAAAUACAAAGAGGAGGAAUAAAUUGAAGGAAGCAAAACUGGAUAAGAGAAAAUUAUUUAUUUACAUUACCCUUCAACAAAUGCAAAAUAAUCUCAAAAUAUCUUAAGAAAUCUUUUCAUUAAUUUUAAUUGCCAUUUAUCACUUCCAUACUUUUCUGAAAAUUUUGGGGUAAAAAUUAGCUUUUCUGCUAUAACUAGGGAGCAUUUUGAACUUUUAUGAAAAUCAUUUAAAUAUAUAAAUGUAGCAACUAAAACAUCCCAAAUAACAAUACUGCAAUUAAAUACUUUAGAUAUCCUUAUAUUAAGUUUAGGACUCUUCUGUGUAAUAUAUCCUAUUACAAAAUAGUCCAGUGUUCCUUCAGUCAUGUAAAAUUUACUAUACAAUUUUACAGGUUAGGAUUUUUUUUUUAAUAAAUAGAGUAUAUGAAACUCUGCUACAAUGGAUCAUUAGUCUUAUUUAAGAAAAGUUCUCUUUCUGAACCAAUUUAUUAUAUAUCUUAUUAAUGGAACAUUAUCACUUCAUUGAAUGUAAAAUGUAUGCUAAUUUAUUAGCAAAUUUCCUUUACCUUAAAGCAGUCAAAUGAUUUCCAGUUUUCGUGAAAUGAAAAAACAUAUAUUGUGAAUAUAGCACAAAUGCAAUUUUAAUAUUUCUUAGAAUAAAAUUCUAAAUAUCCUAAUAAAUGAAUUAAUUGAUAAAAAAGUUUUUUAAAAAAAAUUAAGUAGUUCCUCUAAUGCAUUAUUAUUUUACAGAAUUAUGAUUUUAGCAUUUUUCUAGUUUAUAUAUUUUUAUUAAAUUACAGAAAUUUUAUAAUAAUGCUUUGGAAUACCAUUAUUUUCAGAGAAGAAAUUCUCACUCAGGAAUUAUGAAGUAUCUAAAAAUGUGUUUAUUUAAGAAAGAAAGUCAUUGAUGCAUAAAUUAAUAUUUAGGAUAUGAGAGGUAAAUUUUAAUUUGUGUACUUGAAAUAGAAAUUCAUGAUUUGAGUUCAUUUUAUUAUAGUUUUUCUUCACAUAAAAAUAACAAUUAAGUAAAAUGUUUUAAAAAAAUAAUUAAGGAUGUGACGAGACCUUUGAUAAGUGUAGAUAUUUUCAUAAAAUAUUAAUAAUAUUCUUUUCCUGCUCUCAUCCACAUAAAGAAAUUAAUAAGCACAUUGCCAAAUAAGUAAUAUUCACUACAUAUCUGUGUGUAAAAACAAUAAAGAAUUACUACAGUAAAAGCAAAAACAAAUCAGUAAUUGAAACUUAACAUGUAACAAAUUUAAAGACUUCAAUACAACUAUUGUUCUUUUCAUGUAUUGUAUGUUAGUUCAUCAAGAAAUUUCUGUGAAUUUCUUUCCGACAGAUGAUAAAUACAAAUCAAGCAGUACAAAAAAUUCCAAGUUCAUUGAAGCACAUAAUCAUUAUUUUGUUCUAGAACUUUUUGUUAUCUCUUUGGCAGCUGGAAAAUUCUCUUUUUAAAAAAAGUUAUUAGAUUUUUGUUUGUAAAGAAGUUAUCAAGGUGCUAGCUGACACUGUUCAAGGAAGUGAACUCCAGGACAGCAAAGAACCCCAUGCCAAAACUCUAAGCAUAUUCUGCUCUGUUAGAUCUGGAGUAUCCAUACAUGGCGCAGUUUACAUACCAAAUCUUCUUCAAAUGAUCAUAUACUGUAUAUUUUGAAAUAUUUAUAUUGUUUAAUAGUUCCUGAAGUGUGUAACAUGGAUAUUCAGCAAUAGCUUCUUGUAACAAGUCCUUGUUUACAUUGGAUAUUAUCUUCGAAAUUAAAUUUCCACUCUUAAACUUAACAAAUGGCCUUCAAACUGUGUCUUCAGAAACAGAAAUUUAUCCAUAUGUAGCACAAAUUAUACAAGCAAUCUGACUAGCAGGGUUUCCUUUUUUUAAAAUAAAAGAUCAUAACAGUAUGAAAUUUCUUCAUUCUCAACGCUAUAUUGGGAAAAACAUGACACAACAAUGCAUGCAGGUGUUAAGCAACAUGAGCAGAAAAGACCAUGUUUAAAUGUCUGCUUCAAUUAAGAUCACUCCAUAUCAGCAGUAACAAAAUAAUUAAAAGAAAAUGCACUUUGAUGUGAAAAACUGCAGAACUUUCCAGAUAACCCAAUAUAUAUUAUUCAUAUAUAUAUAUGUGUGUGUGUGUAUAUUUCUCAAAAGAUAUAGAACUUCAUUUUCCUGUUAAAUUUCAGUAAGAUAAUAGUAAGCCAAAAUCUGUUAUUUUUACUACCAGUUUCACCGGUUAUUAAGUAUGGUAAAUACUCAAAUUUUGUGCAUGUUGCGGCUGGCAGUAAAUGUGAACCAGUAGGAAAAUUAAGUGUUUAAUUAACUUUGCUAUUAUCAAAGCUCUAAUUAAAGCUACAUUUAUUAUUGUUUGUUUAUUCUUCUCUGAGAAUUCUUUUAUAACCCUGUAUACUUGUGUACUGAUUUCUGUGAAAUUGCAUGUAUGCUUUCAUUUCCAUGCAUGUAAAUCCCCCAGGUGCCCCUUGGUAUAAACUGGAAUGAAAUUAAGCAAAUAAUCCGUAUGUGCUCUACCUAAAUUAAAUCAUCCAUACACCCCCCCCCCAAAAAAAAGUGCAUGAUAAUCCAGAUAAUUUCUAUUGAUUUUGAUAAAUUGGUACAAUAUAAAAAAUAAUAAAAAAAAAAGUUUAAAAUGUUUUAUUAGAGAUACAUAAAGACUAAAACUAUACAGAAAUAAGUAAACUUGCAAAUAAUUCAGAAUUUGUAUUUCUGUACGAUGCAAAUAUCAAAGCUGCACUGUUUAAGAUGGAUGUAUUUUACAUUCAGCUGAAGAAAGAUUAGAAGGAAUGCUGCUAUUUAAUAACAUUAAUUUCAGUGUUUUACUUCAAGAUAUUUUUUCAUGAUUUUUCUUUUGUUCCAGACAUAGAUGCUUGGGGUACAAGUGCUGUUAUAUUCAACAAGUAUUUUUUUUUUUUUUCUUUUGGUUAGAUCUCAUUUUAAUUAUUAAACUGAAUUGUUAGGGGAAUCUUUAUGAAUGUUUGAAUGUUUUUUGCACAUUCUGAAAAAUACUGUAAAAAAUAUUAUUUAUAUAGUUACUGUAGUAAUUUUUUCAGCAAAUUGUACUAAAUGAAUAAUCACCUAAAUAACCUCCAAAAAUUUUUUUUAUUAAUAUUAGUAAAACGAAAACUGGAUUAGCCUGAAUUAUUUAAAAUUAAAAGUUAAUCAAAGAGGUAUAUAGUAGAAUGUUAUUUUAUAGUUUCACCUACAUUAGAUAUCCUGCCUUUCAUAUUGUGUCUAUGGUUUUGAAUAAUAUGAGCUUUUUAAAUAUCUAAAUAAAUAUUAGAUUAUGAAAAACUAAAUGUAACAAUGUUGUAUAAAACUUCGUUUUUUUCAUAAAUGUAAUUAAACAAUCAUACAGGACAAAUGUAGAUUUGUAUAUUCCAGGCCUAAUAAACAAUGUAGCAUCUUAUUUUUGAUAUCAGUUGUGAUUCAAAAAGAAAACUAUAAAAUGUUGAUUAUAAUUUCUUGAAAUUAUGUAAAUGCAGUGCAGAAUGUUUGUACCUUGUCAUUACUCAGAAAGUUUCUAAGUUUAUUUUUUGUGAUACUAAUCCUUAAUGUGACUUCCGACAAGCAUGUUGAGUGCUGUCUUAUUUUUUGAAUGCAUUGAAUUGUGCAUAAAACUGCCUCUGAUGUCAUGGUCUGAAUGUUAGUGCUGUUGAAACUGUGCAUAUUCACUUCAGUGAGUAAAGCGAAGAAUACUGCCUGUAAUAUUUUAGAAAAGCAUUGCUGUGCUAUAUGUACACUACUCUUAUUUAUAAAGAAGAUAACAAAAGUUUUUAUAGAAAAACAAAAAAUAUGUUUGCUGUUUUCACUUUCCAUUUUGCAUUCUAAUUACCUAAAGAAUGCAGCCAGUGUAAAUUUUGAAAUGUUUCUAUUUAGUGUAUAGAAUAAAAAAGGAAAAGAUA